CUGGUCCAGGCUCCACGACGCUUUUUUUCGUCGCUGGCUCCGCACUGCAGCUCAGCCAUUUGACCAUGUCGACGCCCACACCUCCAUCGACUCAGCCUGUUGCAUCCACAGUGCCUCAAGCAGGCAUGAGGAAAAACGGCAAAAAAUGGCAGACGCCUAAGAAAGCCUUUCGUCCUACUGCUGGUUUGACUUCAUAUGCAAAGCGACUCGAGGCCCGCAAACAACUGGAGAUUAUUAAAGAUCACGAGCGGGAGCUGAAGGAGGAAAAGGAGGCCGAGCGAAAGGCUUUAAUCCAGAAGAUCAAGGACCGGAAGGCUGCCAAGGAAGAGAAGGAGCGAUACCAGAAAAUGGCAGAAAAGAUGCACCAUAAGCGGGUUGAGCGACUGAAACGAAAAGAGAAGCGUAACAAGUUGCUCAACUCAUAAUAGACAGAGCGUGUCCGGAUUUUCUUGUCUAUGUUUUCGCCGAUUUAAGAGUAUACAAUGUGUUGGGGUCCAGAGGCUUGGGAUUUUCCCUUUAGGUUCGGUAUAUACCACUCCAGAGCAGUCUUCUGCGCAUUUGGAAUCAUUCAUGGAAUAGGCGUUUGGUGUGCGUUGAUCAAAAAGAUCAGGUAUGAUGAAAAAUGUCAAUAGUCAAAUAUGAUCAUAUCUGUUUUUAUAGAAAAGGUAUACCUAAAGCAGACUGUCAUAUAGUGCUUUCAAAGCAGUAAGAAGCUUUUGCCCCU